GUGUAUUGCUAUAAAUAGUACAAUCUUAUAUUACGUAUAAAAUGUAUAUAUUCGAUGUAUUUUGCUAAAUUUUAUAAAAAUAGACUAUUCUUAUCAGAUAUACUGUUUAUGCAAAUGCACUAACUAUUUUUUCAGUUUAAGAUUGGAAGCCAACUAAAUUCCUGUUUACAUCAAAAUCAAGUUAAUGUCUAUAUCGUAAUAUUUUAUAGUAGUGGAAAUCUUAAAUUAUAGAAUUAGGUGAAAUAUUCAUAAAUUUUGUUGUGAAAAAUAUAUUUUUAUACGUGAAUUUUCAAUUUUAAUGAUCAAAAAUAAGAGAUUUUAAUAUAAUAUAUAACCGUUCACAGAUUUACAACGUUUAGCCAUAUAAUUAUAAUAUUAUAACUAUAAUUAUAAUAUUUUUAAUUAUUUGAGCAUUUUUUUACAAAACUAUAAUUAUUAAGUAUUUCAUUUUACAUUCACGGAUUGAGUAAGCACUUUAACAUUAGCCAAUCACGAAAGACAUCAGUGCAUCGAGAUAGUUCUGCGUAAGAAAAUCAACCGUAACCUAACUAUAGUGGUCAUUGUGUUGUAAUUCUGACAAAUAAUGUUAGUUGCAAAAUUAAAUUGACAAUAAAUUUCUAAUAAAUUGUCAAUACGUUUUUUAGGCAUAUUUCUGUUACCAUUCUCAUAGUUUUAUUUGUGUAAUCGAUUACGAGUUACAACACGAUUAUAAUUCAUUUUAUUUAACGAUCUUUUUUCCGAGGUUUGCAUAAAUUUAUAAUUUAGCACUACACAUUUCACGCAAUAUGAAGUUAAGUACUGAUCUGUAUGAUAACUUAUAUUUAUAUGCUACGCCAGAGAAAUUUUAUGUUGAGCCAGCUGGUAUUAAAGUAUUACUUGUAGUCGAUAGAGUAAGUCAACAAGUUUAUACUCAAGUUGGUACAGCCAGCCUAAUACCACCUACUGCGAGUCGUAGAAAAAUAUGGGGCAUAGUAGGAUCUAUCCGUCUCUUAGCGUGUCGUUAUCUCAUAGUAAUUACAGAUGCGCUAAUGAUUGGAACAAUAGCAGGUCAACAAAUUUAUAAAAUUGUUUCCACAGAUGUGAUACCAUAUUCAAGAUCGUCUUUACAUUUGAGUGAAAAACAAGUACAGAAUAAUGCCACAUAUUUAGAAAUGGUUAAAUCUGUUUUAAAUACACCUUACUUUUACUUUAGUUAUACAUACGAUCUCAGUCACACUAUCCAAAGGCUUCAUAAUACCACACCUGAAUUUCUACAGAUGACACUUUAUGAUAGAGCAGACCUUCGAUUUGUAUGGAAUGCUUACCUUUUGCAAGAUUUAACAGCAAGGAUCGAAUUAUACAAAUUUUGCCUGCCCAUUAUACAUGGAUUUAUAUCAUUGAACACUGUUGUUGUCAAUAGUAUUGCAUUCAAUUGGGGUAUAGUUUCAAGGCGCAGUAUACAUCGUGCUGGUACAAGACUUUUUUCGCGUGGUAUAGAUUCUACUGGAAAUGUUUCUAAUUAUGUAGAAACAGAACAGUUAAUCGAAGUAAAUGGAUAUCGUAGUUCUUUUGUACAAACGCGAGGUUCCAUACCUUUGUUUUGGUAUCAAGCUCCAAAUUUGAAAUAUAAACCUAAGCCCCAGUUAAGUGUUCAUGAAGAUCAUCAGACUGCAUGUGCUAGGCAUUUUGAUUCUCAGAUUUUCCAUUAUGGAAAACAAAUUUUAGUAAAUUUGAUUGAUCAUCAUGGACCAGAAGCUAUAUUAGAAAAAUCAUAUCACGAUGUUGUUCAGAGAAUUAAUAAUCAAAACGUACGAUAUGAGGCUUUCGAUUUUCAUGCGGAAUGUAGAAGAUUAAGAUGGGAUCGAUUAAACAUUUUGAUGGACCGAUUAGCUCACGAUCAGGAACAAAUGAGUUAUUUUCUUCUCACAAGAGACGGAUUACUGCUUUCUGUGCAAGAUGGUGUUUUCCGUACAAAUUGUAUCGACUGUCUUGAUCGUACUAACGUUGUUCAAAGUAUGUUAGCGAAAAGAGUUUUGAAUGAAGUAUUAACGAAGUUGGAAGUAUUACGGAAGAUUGAAGAUCAUCCUUCUUUUGAAAAUCUUUUUAAGCAGGUAUGGGCUGAUAAUGCAGAUAUUGUAAGUAUACAAUAUUCUGGUACAGGUGCAUUAAAAACGGAUUUUACACGAACCGGUAAACGUACAAAAUUGGGUGCAUUUAGAGAUGGUAUAAAUUCAUUAACAAGAUACUAUAAAAAUAACUUUGCCGAUGGUUAUCGACAGGAUUCACUGGAGCUAUUCUUAGGUCGCUAUAUCGUGCAAGAUGGCGAAUGUACUUUGAUUCAAUGUCCCUUGGAAUCUGAACGAAAUUGGCGAUACGCUACAUUCCCAUUAGUUUUGUUGGUUGCAUCAUCAAUGCUUGUUGCACAUAUAAUUCUUCCCUCUCGAUAUACUACAGAAGUUUUGCUUUAUAUGUUAUUUUGGGGUGCUAUGGUUGCAGGAACUUUUGCAACCAUCAUUCAUCAUGGAAAACAAUAUGUAGAUAAACCUAAAUUAAUAUAGAAGGAAAAUAGAAUUCCUUUUUAAGGCAUACGUACUAUAAGAACUUAUAAUUAAUGAGGAAAAAUAAUUUAAAUCAAGAAAGGCUUUAACUUUAUACACUUUUCAUUGUUAAGCUGUUAAAUUGUAGAAGUGCUUUAUUAUAUGAAAGUUAAAAGGGAAUAUUAAUGUAUAUUCCUGCAUUCCGUAUAAUUUUUCUUCAUGGAUUAUAAAACAUUAUAGUACAUAUUUUCAUAAAUUUUAAGCUGUACAUACAUAUAGCUCAAAAAAUUCCGAGGGGACAUUGAAAGCAUGUAUUCUAUACGAAGUGGACAAAUGUAUCAUGGAAUUGCUUUUCAUUUUUCUUAAGUGGUCAUCGUAGAAGUAGGCUUUUUGACAAUAUUCAAUUUUAUAAGUAGAAUGUAUAUUAUACUAUUUUUAAAAGAUAUUUGUUCUCUGGGAUUGGCUUUACAUCUUGAAAAAAAGUCAUCCAUAGUCUCAUAUAACUUUAAGUCUUUAGUUUCUGGGAAUACCUGUGUAGACAAGGCACUGAUAAACGUUGUUAAGCCACAGAUCGAGUUUGGUACCCACCAUCCAUAAAUAACCUGUAAUUAUAAUGAAAUUAUAUUUAAAAUUUUCUGUAUCUUGAACAUCCCAUUUUUUUGGAUUUUAGUCUAUUAUAUAUGAUAUUGCAUUUUAUGAUGAAAAUAUUUACUUAGCGGAAAGGGAUAUAAUAAUCAUAAAAAGAGCAUUUGUUACAGAGUAGAGAUAAAUUUCUUUUUUAAAAAUUAAUAUCAGAAGUUAUGCAAUAACGAUUAUGUGAAUUAUAACUUUUAUGUUACAUUUUUUAUAUACAUGUUUUCGUGUAAUAUAUAAAUAUAAUAUAUAGUAAUAUAUAAAGUUUUUAGAUAGACUAACUAAAUAGCAUAAUACAAUUUGGAUUAUCAAUGAAUUUUGGAAAGUCUAGAUAAGCUUUUUCGGGGAUUGUCCCAUUUAUUUUGCUGCAGAAGUGAUAUACGGAGAUCGUACUCUACUGGCACCAAUUAGUAGAACUUAUAAUCAUGUUGAAAAAUAACUUAUGGAAAUUUAUUUAACUAACUUUCGAUAUUUUAACAGACAUUACGAAGAGGAAGUACAUAAAUCAAGUAUGUAUAUAUAAUAUACACAUGUACGUGCGCAUACAUACAAUGUAAGCCUCUUUUUGCAUAUACAUAUACAAAAUUUAAUUUCUCAACUGCCACGAUAAAUGACAUUACAUGAAAUAUUUCUUCAGCCAAAUUAUAUGUAGUUGUAUACUUGAAACCAAAGUACCUCCUAACUAUUUUAUAUCUGUAUCUAUUCUGAAUCAUAUAAAUGAGGUUUAAAAGGCUUGCAGGGGAAAAAAUAUUUUUUAAUAUAUUGAAAAUACUUUUGCCGUAACAAAAUUAUGAUAGGUAGUAUACUUUCGUAUUAGUACUAAAAAAAAAAUUCUUAAUAUAAACGCGACAUUCUUAUUACAAACGAUGUAGAUAUUUAAUUGUGUUAAUAAAAACUUAACAACGCG